GCGUAAUGGCGUCUCUUGAUUGGUCACAUAACUGUUUACGUUAAAAAAGUUUCUCUUGAGAGCUUUAAAAAAAUAUUCCUCGUUCAUAGUGAUGAUAAACAAAUAAAUUAAGUAUUUAUGUUAUAUUCUAUUAAGUAAUUUAUUUCAUUAAAUGAUAAAAUGGGCCGAUAUGCAGCACUUAGAGGUUUAUACGAACUCGAAAAGACUGUUGGCUGUGGAGGGUUUGCCAAAGUCAAGCUGGGAACUCAUAUUGCUACCGGAGAAAAGGUAGCAAUUAAAAUCAUGGAAAAAUCAGCUUUGGGUGAAGAUCUUCCCAGAGUUAAACUAGAAAUUGAAGCCUUGAAAACGCUUUUACAUCAACACAUAUGUAGAUUGUAUCAAACCAUUGAAACUGAAACUCAUUACUUCAUGGUAAUGGAGUAUUGUUCUGGAGGAGAACUCUUUGAUCAUAUAGUGGAGAAAAAUAGACUUACUGAAGAUGAAUCUCGAAAAUUUUUCAGACAAAUCGUUUCAGCUGUAGCAUAUCUCCACAGUUUGGGCUAUGCUCAUCGAGAUUUGAAACCUGAAAAUGUUCUACUCGAUAGAGAUCAAAAUCUGAAAUUGAUUGAUUUUGGACUAUGUGCCAAACCAGUAGGUGGAAUGCAAUCCCAUUUAUAUACAUCUUGUGGUUCUCCUACUUAUGCAGCACCAGAACUAAUAUUAGGAAAAAAAUAUUUGGGCUCUGAAGUAGAUAUUUGGAGUAUGGGUGUAUUAUUAUAUGCAUUACUAUGUGGAUUUUUACCUUUUGAUGAUGAAGGAAUCGAUAAUUUAUAUAAAAAAAUUUUGAGUGGAAAAUAUGAUGAACCUUGUUGGCUAUCGAGCAGUAGUAAAAGUUUAAUUCGUGCAAUGUUACAAACUGAUCCAAAGAAAAGAAUUACAAUAGACGAGCUUUGUAAUCAUCCUUGGAUUACAGCUACUUACCUGAAUCCUGUUGUUUUUAGUAAAAAAAAUAAUAUUGAAAGAAAUGAUGAUGUUUUAAGAACAAUGGCAGCUAUUUGUGACGAAACAAUUGAUAAUUUAUGGAAUAGUUUACUUAAAAGUAUGAGAUCAGACUAUAGGACAGCAACUUAUCUUUUAUUAUUAGACCGAAAACGAAAAGGAUUAUCGUUAAGAAUAUUUCCAGCAUCAAAAAGCUCUCUAUCAUCACCAGCGGAUAAGGAUAAAGCUCCGCAGAACACAAAUGAAGUUAACACAGUCAUAACUCAGCUGGAUAAAUCACCAAGACAAAAUUUACAAAUUAAGCCGAAGAUAGAUCAGCAAACUUAUAAUAUUUUGCCUCCAACACCAGAUACAACACCAGUUCAGUCGACAAGUACAAUGAAUCCACCGCCCACAGGGCGUAAAAGAAUGCGCAAUAAAGAAGACGACGUAUCUUCGCCUGUGCCGUUGAAAAAACUUGCUGAGAUGCACAAACCUGAUCCUACACCUGUUACUCCUACAGAAAAACAGUCGAAAGGUGUUCAAACUUCAACACCUGGCAGUGCUCGAAAGGUAAUAAUGGGUCUUGAACGUGGUAUAAAUCGCGUUCGGAAUGUUCUAACUCCUAAAAGAAAACUGAAAAAUGAUGAGCAGCAAGAUCGACCGGCUAUUUUAAGUGGAAAAGGUUUGAUUAAUGUUUCAUCAACAUCAAGCAACUGUCCAAAGCAAGUUUUAUUACAGCUUAGACGCGCUCUACAACGUAAAGGCAUAAUUUGUCGACAAAAAGGAUUCAUUUUACAAGGAGAAACUGAGUCUGUCGACAGUGAAAAUAUCAAAGAAAGUACAAAACCUUAUUCUUCACGAAAAGCUUGCUCUUUUCAAUUAGAAGUUUGUCUGCUGGACGGAAUUUCUAAUGAUAAACCGAUGGUAGGAAUUAGAAGAAAACGAUUGAAAGGUGAUGCUUGGGUCUAUAAACGUGUAUGUGAAGAAGUAUUAGCUCUUACAGCUGAAGUAAGUGCUUCCAAUAACGUUGAUGAAGAUGCUGAGUUAAAGUGCCUCAUCUAGAUGAGUAAUCAUGAUAUCAUUUUUUAAUUUUUUUAUUACAUGACAAAAAUAUAAACAUAAGCUUAAGUACUUAAUGGUCAGCAUAAUAGUUUAAAGAUUUUUUAAUCAUUUCGACGACAUUCAUCGAAAAACUUCCAAGGCUGUGCAACAAAUACUGUCGAACUUUUUAAUAAUUAAACUGAUUUACUGCUA